GAGUUUGAUGGAAAUUUUCGGCGGAAAACUUGUACCGUCAUAUAAAUUGAUUGUAUUGAUCCUCGCCAGAGAGCAUUCGCUUGCGAUCGUUCAUCGGGUUUGGCUUUAGCACAGUGGCCGUUGGCUCGAAGGGGUACAGCAAUGAAGUUAUUCUUAGUGCUAUCGAUGGUUUUGGCCAUAGCGUUUGGAGCGGCCGUCGAGAAACCAGUCAAGGAAGUGGAUACAGAAAAUGAGUCCAAAGCGGAAACGGGAGUGAAAGUGCAAGGAAAACGUGGUCUUUAUGAUUUUGGAUAUGGAAGUACACCUGAAUUGCAAGGAGGCUUCAAACCUUCGUUUGGAUUCGAUUUCAGUGAACCGCAUCAGUAUGAAGUGAAAGAGGAUCAUCAUACGAUUAUUACGAAGAACAUUCCAGUGCCUUAUCCCGUUGAAGUGGAAAAGCAUGUGUUCAUAGAGAAGAAGGUUCCAGUUCAUAUUGAUCGUCCGGUUCCGUACCCUGUUACUGUCGAAAAGAAGGUUCCGUACAUUGUUGAGAAGCAUAUUCCAGUUCACGUUGACCGUCCAGUACCUUAUCCAGUAAAAGUUCCAUAUCCAGUUGAAGUAGAAAAGAAAGUGCCCGUUUAUAUUGAGAAGAAAGUUCACGUCGAUCGCCCAGUUCCAUAUCCAGUCCAUGUGGAAAAGAAGGUUCCAGUUUACGUAGAGAAGAAGGUUCCUGUAGUAGUCGAAAAGAAAGUUCCGGUGCCGUACGAAGUCAAGGUUCCGGUAGUUCAAAAAGUAGAAGUUCCAGUACCAAAACCAUACCCAGUUCACGUUCCAAAGCCAUAUCCGGUCUACAUCGAGAAGGAAGUUAUCAAGCAUGUCGAUCGGCCUAUUCACGUAGAAGUUGAGAAGAAGGUUCCAGUCCCAGUAGUGCAGAAAGUCGAAGUUCCUCAACCUUAUCCUGUUUACAUCGAGAAACCUGUCUACAUCGAAAAGCAUGAAGCUCAACACAACGAAGAACACCAACAAGUAGAGCAACAGGACGAGGACUACAACGAGCAGCCUAUUCACGUAGCCGAAGAUCGCCAACACCGAGAAGAAAGUGAUCACAACGAACAAGAACCUGAGCAACAUCAACAGGAAGAACAUCAGGAACAUGUCCAACAAGACUAUGUAGAGACAAGCAAAGAAGAGGAAAAGAGUUCGAAUUCAGAUGAAAAGACCGCGGAAUCUGCGGAGUCAAGGCAUCACGAACAGCAUCACCACAUGCCAUUGCACCAUGCAAAUAACGACGAAUAGAUAAGCUCUACUCUAAGUGGAAGGCACGAACCUUAACGUAUCUCUAGUCUAUCAGUUGCAACAGCAGUGCAAUUCCACAAAUCUACCGAAGAAAUAAAUUAAAACUUAAACAAAA